GUGUCAGUGGUACAAACCUGUAUGUCCAAUCCCUGCAAGUGGAAUAACCCAACACUGGUCCAGCAUACCAUUAACUCCCUCUCCAUUUUUCUCACUCUAUCACCGUUGUCUCUCUCGCUCCGCCAUCAGCUAACAGAAUUUUUCAUUUACUUCAUUAAUCUUAACACGUUGCCGGAUAUGUAUAGUUAAGGGAAAAAAGGAGAGGACAAAUUUUAUGUUACAUAAAAAAUGUAACAGAAUGUGGAAUGAUAUUUUGAGAUUGCUAUAAUAGAAACUUUCCCGCAUUUACUACUAGAUGGAGCACAGGAAGUUAAAAUUCUCGCUAGUGCUCGUCUGAAUAUCCAUCACCACAUGUAGAAUUUGUGAAAGGAUUUUAAUUGCUUUCAACUAUUUAAAAAAGCUACGAAUAUGAACGUGUAAAGGAAUAGUAUAGAAUGAGAAUUCAUAGUUUCAUGAGGAACACAGUGUAUGCGUGUUAAAUGAUGUAUCGUUGGAACUGGAGCCCAGGUACUCGGAGUCAGUCAAAAAUCUCCCUUACAAAACCGAUGAUAUUCCUCCUCGUUCCUGCGUAACGCGCAAUAAACGUUUGAAUAGAUGAAUACGAAUGUUCGUCGCGGCGCACACUUUUGACGGUGUAUUUGCCCGAGCAUCGAUCUACACCGGAGAAGUAAAUCCUUUCGCAAGGCUCUGUAAAUUGGGAACACGAUUGCCGAGGGAAACAAAGUUGCCGGCUGUUCGAUGAGGAGGAAAUCAAAGCGGCGAAGAUAAAUAAAUUAAGAAAUAAGUGGUUGCACCGUCAAAGAGCAAAUAAAUUAUUCGCUACGGGAUACAACGCGUGAAGGGAUUUUUAAGAUGAUUCUUGACACUCGACGGAAGUUGUGCAACUUGGUUCCCGCUGGAAGCAUGAUUCUAAUGCUCAUUAAGAUUCAGGGUUGCGCUGAAAAUAGCAUCAAGAUCGCGAAUAAGAGAAACCGUGGCAAGGACAGAGUUCUCUGAGCCAUGCACAAGUUCGUUUCAAAAUAAGCUCGAGCCCUUUAAGCGUUAAAGCUCUGCGUUUGCAACGCGAUCGAUCGGUGCUCUCACCAGUUGGAAAGAGAUCUCCCGCGUCUUUUACGAAGUUGAUGCGUGCUAAGGAACUUGUUCCACGAUAGUUCACAGGAACCUCGAUCCUCGGCUAAUUAUCAGGCUACCAGCUAUCUAUUGUAUCAUCUGCUUUGUAUAUCAACGAGCUCAUCGUUCCUGAGUUCGAUUGAUUGGAAAACUGCUGGCUUCGUCCUUUUCUUUCCUCUUUUUGCUCUUACCGAGCCUCGUGUUCGUAACACGAGAGAAGAAGGUAGCUUCUUAUGGAAAAAGAACGAGUUACCUGAGGAUUUUCAGAGAAAAUACGAUACUUUUGCUCUAAUCACGAGAAGGUAACUGAGCGAACAAAUCUUUGUACAGCUAGUGUGAGCUAUGUUCUAAAGGAUAAGUACACCAAUAGGUAACUGAUACUACUACGAUGCCAUUAAUAUUGUCAAGAAAAGCAUUAAUCGCGAUACAGUAUUCAUAGAAGCAGGUAUGUAGAUCAUGAAGAGAUAAAGAAAAGUAUCUUUUCAAUAGCGACGAGGCAAGCUGUGAUAACUUCUUGAGAUUAACGAGUUCCUUUUUAGGAUUCCACGUCCCACUGAAACAAGGAUCAGAUGUGAUGUUCAUUGAAGAAAGGUAGCCGGUGGUAUCGGAGUUUCAUCUAGGCUCGUGGAGUGCGCACGGCACGCUGAAAUAGGUGUACCAUGGUGCGGCUCGAUGCUGAUCGCGGAGCUUGACCUGGAGAGGGGAGGAUGGCGAAGUGGUGGCAAUCGCUGUUUGGAAGGGGUUGGCGUUGUCGUUAGUGCCGUAAGUCGGCAUUCAAGAGCCUAGGACCACUUUAAAUGACUGUCAGAUCUAUCGGUUUGGAAUUCAACCCCCUUUUACAAGUCCACCGCUAAAUUCGUCGGAUGGUUCGGGCCAUUCGAAACUUUCAAACAACUAAUUUGUGGAUGAUUUUUCCAGCCUGGAUCCUCCGUAUUAAAGCAUCGGCGUGCAAUUAAGAAAUAGACUGCGACGCGACGAGGAGAGACAUUUGGCUACGCGAGGCGGAUACUUUUAAUGGAGGCCUCGAAAAACACUGUCGCGCUUCAAGCGGCAGCAGGCAUCGUUUGUCGCGGGAAAUUUAGUAUCAUUAUGUACUCUUCGAGCGGGACCAUCGUGCUGUAUUGUCGCCAGCGAAAUGCUUCUCUUCGCUUUCAAUUAUAAAGAAUAUCUCUGCGCUAUUCGAAGAGAAGCAUUCAGGAAGGUGGCGAGAAACACAAGAAGCGAAGGGGGUAGGCAGGCAGGCAGGCAGGCAGGCAGGGAAAGUAGGACGAGCAACAUCUUCGAGCCGUCUCCUCUGUUUCUCUUCCUUUCGAGGACGUAAUAGUCGGUUUUCGCGUGCUCGAAAUAAAAUGUUACUAAUAAUUCAGCUACACGAUGGAACCGUCGUUGGUCCCGUUAAUCGUCCACUUCCUGCGCUUACGUUCGUCCCUUGUAGACGAUUCAGGCUACAUCCCCCAUGGUUCCGAGGUUCCUCGACACGACACUGAUCGAGGGGUUGAAGCUGGAGGGGAUAGAGCAGCUGGGGUGGCUGGAGCUCGAAUGCGAGCUCGUGGGUACCUACACGCUGGGUCUGGGUUUGGCCGGGUCGCGGUGGCUCCUGCGCAGCGGUCCAACGAGACAGAGUCAGAAGCGGAGGACAGAGAGGCGGUAGCGGAGGCGCGGCGAGGCGAGGCGAGAGGCGACGAGUAAAAGCGAGGUAGCUGAUGUGCGAGGAAGCAAGGAAGCAAGCAAGCAGUGCGAGAAUAACCAACAUGACGAUCGAGAGGCGCGACUACCACCUGGACGAUACAACGACGCCUCCUUUGUGAUUCAGCUACCACCGGAACUGACCGGGGAUACCAAGCGUGCACGUUGUGCCAGCGGACGUUCACACGCGCCUCUCCAUCGGUUGCCAAGCCGGCUCGGCUAUCCUCGCAGCGGACGAGACCCUUCGUACCUAGGCCGGUCGUUCAACGUGGCCGAUCCUUGGACAUGUUACGGAGACGAGAGAGGAAUAUACAGGGAUCCUAUUCUAUUCGAGGCAGAGCAGCGCGUUUCGAAAUGAAUGAAUCGGACGAAACACAAAGGAGUAACGAGGCUUUUGUACCAACGGGCAAACGAGGCCACUUGCCUUUUUACUAAUCAAAUAUCCGUACUCCUUCAGUAAUUUUGAACAUAUGUAUGCAGGUAUGGAAUGAGGAAGAAGACAGGACGAACGAGAAAGAGAGAAGUUAAUUAAUUCUCAGUAUGGAAUGAUAAUAAUACUUCCACUUUAUAUUUGCUCUUUUUAUGAUUUCAAAUUAAGCUUCGCAUUUUUAUCGAUUCGUCUGGGACCUUGACCGGAUUACUCGGAUUAAUUUCCUGGGAAAUAAUAGAAACGCAUUUCAUACGAUGGUCACGACACAGUGAUACGUUUAUGAAGUCCGCUAUGACCGGAUUUUGUAGCGGUGUUUCGUGAUUGCGCAUUGAUUUUUCGGCGGGGUUUAUUUGAAGAACGACAGGGGUGGCUGUAAAUUCCGCUAGGGCCCUGGCCGACACACUGGCAAACAAUUUUCCCGGAUAAAUGCACGAUUCCUGAACGAAUAUUAAUCCUAUACAGGUGACAAGUGCACCGUAGCUCAGGUAAAUUUACCGAGUUACAUUUCACGAUGAAACAGCAUCGUGGAAGUCAAAUGAAAACGUUUUAUUUAUAAUUGAAACUCUGAUUUUUAUGCGUCACUUGUCGACGUCGUAGCAAACAGGAUGAUCAACAAUUUUUUCUUGUUCCUUGAAAUAUCUGAUAGGACGCUUGAAAGAAAAAAUGAAACAGCUACGUUGUAUGUACGUCAUCUCGUGUAGAACUUGGAUGCCAGAAAAUUGUUCCAUCCUGAUUAAAAUGUUCCUCGCCACUGGUCUCCUCUAUCUUUUUUUUCCACCGUAAAUCAUGGUACGCGGUUUGUAAGUAGGAGCAGGAAAAUUUGUGGAACCGUUGCUCGAGGCUUUAUGCGUUGCCCAGGAGAUGCCUCUAAUGGCGAGAUCCUACGAAUCUCAGAACUUAGCGAGGUCAUUGUACAACCCUUUCUAAGGCAGAGGCAUCGAGCCAGCGCGUUGCAAGUUAAAUAAAUUUGCCAAGAAAAUUAUAUAUCAGAAGUAAAGUCGGAUUGAUUCGACGACACGGUGACAAUCAACGGGACUCGGCCAAUCAAUCCUCCAUUCCAGUAUUUCUCGAGAUGAGAGGUACGGUGAUGGUGGUAGUACUUUGAUUACCCUCUGCGAGAAGAAAAGGAGCCCUGGCUAGUCGCCGCUGUCGAUGACACCCACAUUCACUCGGUUAACUAUAUCUACCGGGUAGCACACCGUGUUCGCGAUGCGUCCUCUGCAAGAGGUGGAGGCUGUGUGUCUUUGUGUGGUCGCAAUCACGAGGAGAGACGAGCACCGUUACACCGAUAUACAGAGGAGUAGGAUGACGACUACGAGGGGUGUAGGACGAGAUAGGGGACGAAGGGAGAGUAAAAGAAGUCGUAGAUUAAUCGGGGACGCCUAACAAUCGCGCGGUAUUCUUCGUUCACGUGCCCGUUCCCUGGCUCCGACUCUCUUUUCCGCACGAAAGGAUGAGGCCUCUGAAUUCGACGAGGCCGUGGGUACCGGCGAAACAGCCGGGAGAAGAGUGGAAAAGUGGAGAAUAGAGAAGAAAAAAGAAAAGGAGGAAAAGAGGAAGAAGGAGGAAAUAUAUAAUGGAGACUCCUGGCUCGAGCAUGGAUUGAAGCAGCAGCCACGCGAGUACGUGUGUUCCCGCUGACGCUCCUGCAAAAAGCUAAACGUCAGGGCUUUAGGUAUACCUAUACCACGGCUGGUUUCGUGAUGUAUGACGCGUGUACGGAAGCGGGAUACCAGACCGAUGGAGCGAGAUUACCAACGACAGAUAAGAUCCUGAUGAUGCCAGGUCGCGCCAGCCGCUCUUAUCCAGCUUCUGAUAGACAAGCCCCGGGGAAACUAGGAUUGAAAAAGAGGGGUUGAAAACCGAGUGGAAUCAACGGGGUGAUGAAUGUACCAUCGCAUAAAUUUCGGAAUCGACUGGAGAACAUGCUGAGCGGAUACUUUUGUUUAGAUUUCGAUCACGGACUCCAGCUUCUGCGGUUCGAUACGACCGAGGAUAAGAUAACAUUUAGCUUCCCCUAAGGAAGAACGUUGGGAAGAAUUUGGAUGAGAAACAGUCCAACGUCACCGUGGAACCGAUGGAAAGAAAAUUAGCAGCCAGAUAAAAUCCUGAUGAUGCCAGGUCGCGCCAGCUACGGUUUACUUACUCAGCUCUUGCUACAGGAAGAGAGGAUACGAUACUGGGCCAUGUUUGAUCAACCGAGAUUGCCUGUACUUUGACUGGCCAAUCGAUUAGUCCUCGGCGAUGAAAAACGAACCGUGGAUAAAUAAUGUAAGGCAGGCAGUAAAUAAUGUAACCGUGGAAACCGAUGUAAGGGUGCUCUGAGAUAGCGAACGUGUUUCGUUUAAAAUAACCAAGUGAACGGAGAAAGAGAAAAAGGAUGUUGGUAAUUUGAAAAGGUAAAAGAGCUAAGGCUGGGGAAGAAAUACAUGUAUUUUGUUAUCAAAAGGGAUAACGAUAUAAUCGGUCGAACCAAAGAAGCAUUGAAAUUUUGAUCCUCUUUGAUAUCGUUUCUCGUAUCGAGGAUGAAAAUUUUAUCUGGUUCUGGCUGCCGGUGCUGCUACCGCUGCUGGCGUUUUAUUUAUUUAAUGACCCAGGCCAUAGGAUGUAAUUAAAUACCUCGCUUUUGCUGCAGCAAAACGAGCCGGGCUUUCGGGCAAAUAUUAAUCAACCGAGGGGAUAUUUCGUUUGCCAACCAACUAAUGCACAAUUGAAAACCGUCCGUCGAAUAUAAUAUCGCAAAAUUGCGCGUUACCGUUUUAUUUAGAGGCCUCCGGUAAGUCCUUCGCCGUCGAGCUUUUCCACGGUCCAGAAAGUUUGAUUUUUGGCAACCGUCACCGCCAUCACGUACAACACUUAUUUCCUUCCCUUUUCAGUACCUCCUGGCACUUUUCCCUGCCAACGUCCAACUUGGUUCGAUCGCAUAUGUGCAGGUUCCUAUUCCGCCAAUAGGUAGACACAUUGCAUCUGUCUCGUAACACCCGAGGGGAUGUAUGGUCGAAUAGCAGGGAACGAGGAAUCUAUAGAAAUCGCUUGGUUGCAAUAAAAAAAUCCACGUGGUUGUUCGGUUUGCAAAACCAACAAGGGACACUGACCUCCUGUUUGCCUAUGUUCUCCCUGCUCUUUCAAGAGUACGCUUUAGGGUGAGGGGGCAUGUUGAUGUGUCGGCGGUUGCUGCUGAUCGCAGCCGCGAUCACGGCCUCGAUCGAGGCUGGCUCCGCUAGUUACCAUCCUGGAAUAUCCUCCGACUAUUCCGGAUAUCCUGGUUUCCCGGUCUAUCCGAGCCUGACGUCGUCCGAGUCCUCGUCGAGUGUGACCACCACGCCGACGACCAGCCUGGAGAAUGUCCCCGUCUGCAGGCCGUCCGAGUACCUGUGCGGCACCGGGAACUGCGUCGCUCAGGACAAGUACUGCGAUGGCGAAGAUGACUGCGGCGACAAGUCCGACGAGCCGAGAUACUGUAGCCCGUGCAAUAGAACCUUGUACGGUGACGUUGGCCGGACCUACAGGGUGGAAGUACGUCGGCCAAGGGAGGAUCGACUGCCGUUCUUGUGCCAUUUGAACUUCACCGCCGCUGGUUCUGAUCUAGGAGACCUAGUUCAGCUAACAUUCGACACGUUCACCGUCGGACGAUUCACGUCGUUCACGUCGGAGGGCUGUCCGGAUGGUUACAUGACCAUCCGUGAGGAGGGUCGUCCAGCGACCGGAGGGCAAUGGUGCGGUAGCGCGUGGGGAUACACUGUUUACUACAGCGAAACACCUUCCAUCAAUUUGACGCUGUAUUUGCUGCGACUGUCCGAGCAAGGUAUCGGCUACAAUUUCGACUUCAAAUUGUCGUACAAGUUCCUCAGACGUAGCGAGGCUCAUCUCAGAUACGGGAAUAGCAGCAUGUCCACGUGGCGAGGAGAGCUGGUGAACGGCACCUACUGCGACCGUGUGCUCACCAAAUGCGACAUCAGAGCCUGUCGACUUCAGUCGCCGAAUUAUCCCGGUGUUUAUCCCAGAAACGUAACCUGCUAUUACCGGGUGGAACAGAAUCGAGCACCGCCCGGACACAGGCCUUUGCUGGCUGUGAGUCAACGGAACAGUCAUAAAAUACACAUUAAAGAUCAGGUGGUAAAGUACGAUCGCAGUCAGAGGAUACUUAGAGUCUGGGAUGAAUGCAACGUGGUGCAAGAUUAUUUGACGGUGUACGAUGGUGGUUCGACCACCGACAAGGUGUUGGUUAGGCUUUGCGGAGGAGACGCCGUGCCGGAUAUCGUUAGCAGUCACAACACGAUGCUCCUAGAGUUUCACACGUCCCCCUACGACAAUCCUUUUCAUCCGGUUCCUCUGUCGUUUCUACCGGGCUUUGAGCUCGAGGUUCAGGUGCUCUUCGUGGACGAGAAAUCGAGAAGUUUCGUGAAGGAGAACAACAAUUGCGAUUUUUAUAUAUCCAGCGAAGAAAGUUUAUCAGGGGUCGUGGAGAAUCCUAAGCACUCCUUACCUCCAAACACGACCUGUCGCUAUCACUUCCAAGGCAAGCCGAACGAAAUCGUUUGGCUGUCCUUUGUCAAAUAUUAUGCUGCCACUGCUGACGCCGCCUCGAGCAUCGACGUUGCUUCGGACUGUAACGCGAAGCUUCUCAUAUGGGACGGUGAUCACACGAUAGAUAAAUUAGUUUCCAUGCGUAAGAAUAUUACUCUGAUGGGGCAAUUCUGCAAGGACGACACUCCUCGCUUAUGCGACCACAGCCUGCUGCGAAACGGAAGUCGUCACGCGAGGCCCUGCAGCCUCGCGGAGAGCUACGUAUCCAGCGGCAGGGAUCUAACCCUGGAACAUAUUCUACAUCAAGGAAGUGCACUUUAUCCAAUAAGCUUUGUACUGCGAUACGAGUUCGUGCACGAGUCGGCUUCGUGUAACCACGUGUUCGGUCCCGCGUCGACAUCAUCCACGUCUUCCACGUCCUCACUAUCCUCCUCCUCCUCCUCCUCCUCCUCACUCUCGUCGUCCGCCAAGUUAGGGAAAUUCGCGUCGCCGAAAAGUGUGUUCUUCUAUGGACGCGGUGGUGCGCAGAACGUUACCUGUGUGUAUCGUUUCGAGGCCGAGCCAGAUCACAGGAUAGAACUGUCUGUAACGAGAGCCUCGUUCGGAGAGAAAGGAUGUUCCUCGUACGUGGACCCGUUGGUGAAUAGGUGGACCUGCGACCGACGGGUCGCCGACGCCAUGAAGAUAGGCACCGCGGAACUGGUCGUCGCCGAGUAUCCCUGGCAAGGGGUUGAACUGGUCCGCGACUGUCUGUGUUCGAACGUCACCGAAAGGAUCCUGCUGAGGACUCUAACUUCCAACGUAGUUGAAGUUCGGUUCACGGUAACGUUGAUGAACGUCACCCAAGACUACAAGGACUUCUUCUUCGAGGGAGAGUACCGAUUCGUUCCGUUAAGCGCGGAGACCAGCGAGCAAGGAUGUUCCACGAAACUGGAGGAACGCCGUUUACGCGGGACCAGCGGUGAAAUAUCCCUUCGAAGUCCGCUUCCGCGAGUUCUUCCUGGCGUGGCCGCGGUCGAGGAGAUCCUUACCAACACGGAGGACUUGACCGCGACCCAGUGCGUGAACGAGCCGUGGCUGAUCGAGCCGGAAGACGCGAGGAUCAACUAUUUGUACUUGAGGACCACCGGGUACGGUAUCACUCUGGACAACGUUGAAGAAUGCACCACGUUGAAUCGCAUCGUCGUUUACUCGGCGGCUAACACGAGGGAUCGCAGCGUAAUUUGUCCGGAGGGUGGUGUCGACACCGCUAGAACGGUGGACUUCUUCUCCGGGGGAUGGAAUUACAGCGCUGUGAACGCCAGUGUGGCAAUGGCGCAACAUUCCAGGAGCUUCGUCGUGGAAUUUCUUCAAAGAGAGCCUGGUUUCUACGCUGUUACGUGGAUGGCCAUUUCCAAGAGAUCCCCUAGCCCAAGCGUCGGGCCAAACGUCUUCACGAUACUACCCCACGAAGAUUGCCCUUACAGAUGCCCGGAGAUCCAGGCUUGCAUCAGUUCAGUUUUAUGGUGCGACGGUAUUCGCCAUUGUCCUUCCGGCUUCGACGAAGAGGAGGCCAACUGUUCUUAUCGUUUCGGCGUGACGUUGCUUUACGUGGCCGUGGGCGCCGGGGCUCUAGGUAUAUUUUUGAUCCUUCUACUUGCUACCGGCUGCCUCAAGUACUGCCUGUACCGACACAAGGCUCGAAAGAAAAAAAAGAACGUCGCUCUGAACGUGAACCAUCUCCAUGUGAACCAUACUCAUCACAACAACGGUCUUACCGGAAGCCGGCUUAGCGGACGGUACAACCUCGCCACACCGCAGGAGAUGUAUCUGGAGAAUUACGGGAAGGAUAGUAUUUGUUGACAAUACGCCAUCAUCGCCAAUAUCGAGACCACCGUGUGAAUAUACAGGAUUUUUAAAUACGCCUACCUCGCUGGCCUCUUUAAUUCCCUUGCGAAGAGAAGAAAGAAAAGAAAAAGGAUACCAGACGACGAAUUCUGUCGACUGAAUGUUCCCGAAUUUGGUGGCGCGUGAAUGCGCGUGAAAAUAUGUACGCAAUAAUCGUAUUAAAUUCCGUAGACCAAUUUGAAGGCAUUUAACGGACGAGCGGGUACAGAGUUAUUCGAAUCUUCCGGCGAUGAUUUACCUUUUGUCGAGGCGUAAUUAACCGUGUAUAUCGAACAAAUGGUAAAUGAAAUCGAUGAAAAAUUCGAACGCUCGUGUAUAUGGUUCUCAUGAUAAAAACUGCGGUAUCAAGUAGCUCUAGGAGAACACGUCUUUUUUUUUUUAGGUUUAAAGCAACGCGUGAAAACGAGAAGCAUACAGAGCGUGAGAGAACUAUAUAGUAGAAACUAAGGGAAGAGAAGAAUGCGAGAUACGUACGAGUAUAUGCUUUUAAAACGAUGUAGGGAAAAAACUUGUAAUUUGCAUCGGGAGAGAAUUUUUUAUUACGGUCGGUUGCCGAACGAGUGCCACAAACGUCCACGACGAGAAACGACGCAGAACAGAAUUUGGCGAGGAGAAGAAGAUGAAGAAAGAAAACGGCGGUCCUAGUACAAACUCCUAUAAACGAUAUUACAUAAAUCGCAUGUGAACAUCGGGGGAAAAACGGAACUGAAAGAAAUGAAACACGCUGUGAUGUAUGUACUGGAAAAAGAGAGGAAAGAAAACACGCCAGAAGAAGAGAGGAAAACAUUUUUAAAAAGUCCAAAAAACAAAAAAAAAUUGAAGAGAAUUAUUUCGACCGAUAUUUAUCAGUUUUUUAAAUCCGUUUUACUCUAUAAUUUUAUAAUUAAUUGUUUAAACGAUAUUCAUAUGCAAUUUAUUCUAAGGAUCACGACCAAAAUCAACCAACGCAUUAUCACGAAAUCCUUCCGAAUCGUUUUUAUUAAACUGAUCGGUGUAAUCUGCGUCGAUCCGUCGAUAAUUCCAUCGUUUUUUCUAAGAAAUACGGAGCCACCAUUUAUGCGUUAACGUAAGAGUGUAGCGAUGCCCUCGAGAAACGCUCGAUGCAGUUCCUUUCGGAUCAAUUGAUUUUCAAAAGUUCAUCGAUCGCAGCGAUGUCGGGUCAGCCUAUACUCCUGCGUUAACUCGCGAGAACGUAAACCUAUCCAGAUUUCAUAAGUACAUUAACGAAGAUGAUAUAACAUAUAGUUAAAUCACACAUGUAACCCUAGGUUUGAUAUCGAUGCGCGAGGCUUGACUGGGAAUGUAGAGAUCGAUGUAUAGUUGAUUAUCAGUUUAAACGAAUGCGAAAAGAAACGAAGAAGAGAAGACGGGAACGACAACGCAUACAUUGUAACCCUAUUACGAAAGUGUUAAAUUACUAAAAAAAAAAAAAAAGAAAAAAAGCCAUCAUUUCACGUACGCACACACGGAGCCACGUAUGCAGAGAGAGUAUUACCUACAUACAUACAUACAUACCAUGUACACACACGUAUGGUAAAAAAAAAAGCGCGUAUAACUUACGUCUGUAUGCUGUGAUAGAAGUAAGCGUAUCAACAAUCGGAAAUAAAU